GGAGCCACUGGUUUUAUUGGCCGAUAUGUUGUGAACAGGCUAGGAAAAAUUGGCACACAGGUAAUUGUGAAUAAUAGUUAAGUUGUCUCAUUUUGUCGACUAUUUAUAAUUGGUCCAAAAUUAUAAAGUUGUGGAUAUAUAAAAUGGUGAGGACUGCAAAAGGAUUUUUGUCACUGUUAUAGGGACAUCACUCUUAAGGCACCAUCCCCUGUUUUAUUUUGGUCUCCUAGUAAUAAAUGAUGCCUACCAUUAGGGAUGUGACUUUGAGUAAAAAAAAAUGAUCAAAGAAAAUGAAUUUUUCUUUUUCAAUAUUAAUAGGUUUUUCAAAAAUCGAUCUUAGAAGAAAAAUCAAUAUUCUGGAAAAAAAAUCAUAUUUUUACUAUGAACCAAGAACUACUGUUUAGACUCAUUAAAGAAAAAAAACUGUUUGAACGGAUAAUCAUCCCAUAUAGGGGUGACAACUAUGAUCCAUUCAGACUGAAAGUGAUGGGAGAUUUAGGUCAAAUCUACUUCCAUCCGUAUCAUCUCAGAGAUGAAGAAUCUAUACUGAAAUGCAUGAAAUAUUCAAAUGUUGUGAUCAAUCUUGUUGGCAGAGAUUGGGAGACAAAAAAUUUCAAAUUCGAUGAUGUACACGCGGAAGGUGCAAGAAUGCUAGCAAGAUGUGCAAAAAAAUCAGGCGUGGAAAGGUUCAUCCACCUAUCAGCCCUGAAUGCUUCUAUUAUACCACCUUCAGCAGGCAUAAUAAAAGGAGGUUCCAAGUUUUUCUCCAGCAAAGCAAAAGGAGAAGAAGCUGUGCUGGAAGAAUUUCCCGAAGCGACCAUCAUCCGGCCUGCAGAUGUUUAUGGGCAAGAAGACAGAUUUCUUAGGUAUUAUGCUCAUGCGUGGAGGAGGCAGGUAAACUAUUUUCCAUUGUGGAAAAAAGGAGAGCACACCGAAAAGCAACCGGUUUAUGUUGGUGACGUAGCAGCCGGGAUUGUAAACGCUGUAAAAGAUGGCGACACCGCUGGGAAAGUAUAUCAAGCUGUUGGUGCGAAAAGAUACCAGUUGUCCGAGUUGGUGGAUUAUUUUUAUCGCGUGAUGCGAAAAGACGACGAAUGGGGAUAUGUGCGUUACGACAUGCGUUGGGACCCGCUGUUUCAGUUGAAGGUCACCCUGACGGAAAAAAUUUCACUCAGUUAUCCUCUGGCCAAUUUGCAUUGGGAGAGAAUCGAAAGGGAACAUGUUUCAGACGAUGUAAAGUACAAUAUUCCCACCUUAGAAGACCUUGGGGUCACCUUAACUCCCAUGGAACAGCAAGUACCAUGGGAACUGAAACCCUGGACGUACGCCAUAUACAGAGGACAAGAUCCUGAUGAACCAUUCACACCUGCAGCUCCACCAAAACCUGUCGCAGUUUAAGUGUGAAGUUGGAUGUAUUGUCGCAUAUUGUAUCGAUCAGUUAAUAUAAUCUGUUAUCUCUUUUUAUAGUAAGAUUCACGUUACAAGUUAAAUCAACAUUUUGACUGGAGGACAAGCAUAAACUUGCUCGCAUGAUUGCGUUUACCUUGUUUCAGCUGACAGCCUGUUAUUAAAGAGGCAUGAAUAAGGCAAAAUAAUGGAAGGUGCUUUGGAUAUUUUCUAGGUCAAAACUUUAUUUCCAACUUGCCUCAAAAUUAAACAUUAGCAUAUUCACUGAUCAAGCCACAAAGAGAAAAUGGGUUGAAGAUAUGUAAAAUGCAAUACUGAGAUAUGUCAUUUAUUGUAUACAUUUAUGACCAUCAAUAAAACAAUUAUUAAAAUCUACAAAUCACAUGGAAAAUGCUUAAUAUAAUACACCAUAGAAGUGGGAUAGUUAUUACAGUCUUUUAUAAGUAUGAAACUUGUAUAAACAUGUUUAUGAUAGAGAGGUAAGUUAUGGUCUAAAAGGGUC